UCCGUUGGAUUAUCGAGAAUAAGAUCCCCAAUUCAAGACCGAUCUUUGCUAGGAUUUGCUUUGCUUUCGGGAACUGGGAUUUAGGGAUUCGGCGGCAGGAGGAUUGUGCGGUAGAGGAAGCGAGCAAGGAAGGAAAGGAAGGGUUUGGAUUUUGGAUUUUAUAAGGGCUUGAAGAAGAAGAAGACGAAGAAGAAGAAGAAUGUAUAACGGGAUCGGGCUGCAGACCCCAAGAGGGUCAGGUACCAACGGAUACAUCCAGAGCAAUAAGUUCUUUGUGAAGCCCCGCAGUGGAAAGGUCGAUACCAGUUACAGCGCCGGAGGAGGGAUUGGGGGAGAUGGAGCUGCGGCAGGUGGUCUUUCUAUCAAGAAAGCUAACAAGGACAUCCUGGAGCACGAUCGUAAGCGCCAGGUCGAGCUCAAGCUUCUCGUCCUCCAGGAAACCCUGGCUGACCAAGGCUACACCGACUCUGAANAUCCAGAUAACCCAAUUAUGAAAUAUGUAAUGUCUCUCUCAUACGCAAGUAGUAUCAUGAGGUUUUUCAUAUCUUCAUUGGUCUUCUUUCCUUUUUUUUUGGGAUGGCUGGUCAUUUGUGGUUAUUUUGAACUUUUCAGGUUCUCAGAUACACAGACACAUCAAGUUGCUGCACGCAAAGAGAAACAGCUAGAGACAUUGAGGGCCGCACUUCGAAUCAAGCGAUCAGAUGAACCUUCUGAGAAUGAAGUCCAGGAACAAAAACAGGAGACUGAAGCAUCUAGCUUUCACAUUGAAGAAAUUGAUAGGCAGAAGGAUCAACAUCAGAAAAAGGAUUCAAAAUAUCAUGGUACCAUGAAUGAUGAAGAUGAAGAGAGCUUGAAGAAGGGAAAUCAUAUAGGGGAAGAUCUCAAAGCUGGGAAGAAUUCUAAAAAGGAGAUGAAAGAAUGGGAUGGAAAGAAAGAUGAUGGCAGAGGAAUUAAAACUGUUAAUGAUAGAAAGGGGAAGCACAUCUAUGGUUCUGAUAACUAUGAUAGUGAUAAUAGUGGAAGGCAUGAAGGGAGGGGAAAAAGUCAUGGGGGUGUUCCUACUCGACAUGAUUUCCAGGGUGAUUUUGAUACCAGCGGCAAACAGAUCACGAGGAAAACUUCAAACAAGCAGGUGAGAGGCCAUAGGUGCCAGGGAACCGGGAGUUCGGAUUCUGAUAGUUAUUCUAGAAAACAAGAUGCUAGAAAAAAUGCUCAAAGUUAUAUUAAGAAACGUGGUAGAUACAACACAGAUUCGGAUUCAGACUUGGACAGGAAACGAUUCGGGAAGCAACGGACUAAUACUAAAAAAUCUGAUUCUGAUGAUUCUGAAUCUGAUGGUAAUUAUCGGAAAAGAAACAGAAAAGAAAAGGUGAUUGAACACAAGAAGCAUGGCAGAAUGCACAAAGCCUUCACUUCAGACAGUGACAGUGACAGUGAUUAUGCCAUGCAUAACAAAGGGCAGGAAAGAAAUAGUAGAGGGCAUGGUUCAGAUGGUAAGCAGGCUGAAGGUGAUGAUACAAAGGGAAACGUAACAAAGGGAACGGGGAAGAUUAGCAAGCCCGGGAUUAUGAGGCAUGAUACUGGUGGAAGAUGGGAGAUGAAUGAGAACGAGAAGAAGAAUAUAAAGAAGGAUGUUGCUUAUGUGAAGGCAAAAGAAGAAGUCAUUGAGAAAAAAAGGAAUCAACAUGAUACUGAUGACGAGAGCAGUGAUAGUGAGGGCGCAAGGGAAAGGACUCUGAAAGCAAAAAAGUUAGAUGGAAAGAAACUGCAAGGUACUAAAAGGAAACACCAUGCUGUUACUGAUGAUAAUGACAGCUCGGAGUCUGAUUAUGGAAGUGACUCUGAUUCUGAUGAUAGCAGAAACUAUAAGCAGACACGGCAUGGAAGUGGAAAGGCAUGUGUUGGUUUAGGUGACAGAGAGAAUGAGAAACUUACCAAGAAACACAGGUCUACUCAAGGCAACGGUUCAAGUUAUUGGACUGGUGGAAGGUAUGAUCGUGGAAACGAUAGAAUGUCCAAUCAGAAUAUUGAUGAUGGUGUUAGUAAGAGCAUCAGAAAGAGAGAAGUCAAUAGAAUGUCCAAUCAGAAUAUUGAUGAUGGUGUUAGUAAGAGCAUCAGAAAGAGAGAAGUCGAGGAAAAGUUCCCUGACAUGCUGGAUUCAAAAUCUGGAAGUGCUGGUAUAAAAGAGGAGAGAAAGAAAGAGGGGGAUAGCAAAGGUCAUGCAAAGUAUAAUCGCAGCUCGGAAGACCGAAUAAUGGAAGAUCGCUUAUAUUCGAAUAAUCGAGAGCGCCAGACUCUGAAGGAACACUCAACUGAUAGUAAGCGUGACAGCAAAAGCCGCCGUGAAUAUGGACAGGGCCAUGAUGACGCCAAGAGGAAAAGGCAUAAGACUUCUGGGCAGCAUCAUGAGCGAGGCAGUUACGAGCAUAAAUACAGGGAAGAUUUAGCUCCUCACAGGCGUUGGGAUUGAGUAUGAUGGUGAUUCCUAAUCAUCUUUCGUGAUGGUGAUUACUAAUCAUCUUUCAUGGUGGUGGUUAGGGAUCAUCUUUCAUGUAUUCUAUGCCUCUCUGAAGGAAUGUUAGUAGCUUGAAGAACCUUUUGCAGCUUGCUUGCUUUGGAUUUACUGAUGGUCUUGAGGUUUAUGAAUUAUAAGCGUGCAGGAACUCCUUUGGUUGGUGCGAGAGCUGAAGGCUGGAUUAAGACGUGCUUUGAUGCGAUGAGAAGAGUAUUAACUCUACUUUCACUCGUUUCUGCAACAUUAGAUGCUUCGCUUUUCUUAAGGUGAUAUAUUAUUUUUAAUGCCGUUGUACUUGAAGGUCCUCUAACGGAACUCCAGCUUUUGUUUUUGGCAAUUGUUGUUACCAGAGGAUGGCCGCAUGUCAUGUCCGUCUUCGCUUUAUUAUAUAUUGCUUGUUUGGAAAAUUUGCUAUGCGUAAACGUCUUCGUAUUCUGCGGGUCCGAUGAUCAUGUCAGCUGCCUGCGUCAGAAUAUGAUUGUAAAUGUGUAAGUUAUUUUUUUUUACAAAAUAAUUUUUAUA